AUGCUCGGCAUUGAACGCCUCCGUGGCCGCCCUCUGCGGCUGAUGGUCACAGUCAUCUGUGGCUGCUCAUUCUCACUCUUCGGCUAUGACCAAGCCCUCUACGGCGGUGUAGCUAGCGGUGAUGCAUUUCUUGAACAAUUUCAUCACCCUAGUGCAACUAUGACCGGCCAGACAGCCGCUUUGUACGAUAUUGGAUGUUUAGUCGGUGCCGUUGGCGCAUUUCUGGUAGCCUCGAAGCUGGGGCACAGGAACACAUUGCUCCUCGGCUCUUCGAUCAUUAUUAUUGGUGCCACAAUCCAAACUGCGUCAGUGAAUCUGGGCAUGCUUAUCGCCGGAAGGAUUAUCGGUGGCGUUGGCAACGGAUUGAACACCUCAGUGUCGCCCGUCUACCACGCAGAAACGAGCCGACCGCAGUCCCGUGGUCGGGCUCUGUUGGGUGAGCUCUUCAUCCUUGAUGUGGGCUGGUUGGUGGCGCAGUUCGUCACUUUCGGUUUUAGCUUCACCAAGGGUGGAAUCCAAUGGAGAUUUCCCACCGCCUUCCAGAUGUUCUAUCUCGUUCCAAUUUUCAUCUGCCUACCGUGGCUUCCGGACAGUCCACGUUGGCUUGCAAGCAAAGGUAGACUCUCUGAAGCCCAGGACGUUCUAUGUCAACUCAUGGACGAGCAACCCGACUCUCCCCAACUUCUGGCCCAAUUUGAGGAGAUCAAGGAAGUGGUUCGCCUGGAACGAGCCGCUGAACGGACCAAGCUAUCUGAUCUGUGGAAUGGGGAAGGACAGAACCUCUAUAGGCUCAUCUUGGGAUGUUCCAGCCAGCUUAUGCAGCAGCUCGGAGGAAUCAACAUCAUCGCGUACUAUGUCGUCAUCAUAUUCGAAAACCUAGGACUGGGUAGUGUCAUCGCCCGUAUCCUGGCAGCCUGCUUAGGCUUCGGAUGGCUUUUCGCGAACCUGGCAUCGAUGCUGGUCAUUGAGAAAUGGGGCCGCCGCAAGCUCUUAAUCAUCGGCGGAAUCGGCCAAUUCCUGACCUUCCUCGUCGCUGGCAUUGCUCUCGGGACUGGCGGCGAUGCCAAAUGGGCUGGAAUCCUCGUGGUGACAAUGGUUUACCUCUACUUCAUGGUAUUUGCAUUCGCCUGGCAGUCCAUCCCGUUCUUAUACCCCGCCGAGAUAUCAAGUCUCAAAUAUCGAGCCAGAUUUUUCCCUCUAUCCAUCUGUACGAACUGGUCCCUCAACUACGUCGUUGUCCUGAUCACGCCGAUCGGCCUCAAAAACAUCGGCUUCUGGCUGUACAUUAUUUUCGCCAUCUUCAACUUCGUCAAUGUGGUCAUGGUCUGGUUCUUUUACGUCGAGACUGCGGGCAAGACUCUCGAACAGGUUGACAUGAUGUUCGUGGGUGACCAUCAAAUGGAAAGAAAAUCGAUGCCUCCGUACCUACGAUUGAGAAAGACCAGAUUUCAAGCUCUCCCUGAAACAUCUAUCGGCGAGACUCAAGUUGUUGGAAAUAUCAACGACGGAGAAAAGGCGUCAGCCCACACUUCUCAUGUCAGCUACACUGGGGAGAUGGGCGGUUUGCAUCCAUAG